AUGUGUGACCUCUACAUUCAGGAUAGCGACCCUUAUGGAGGCUGGGAGUCGGACUCCGCCUCGGAAAAUCCACACUACAUUCCACUGCGCCCACAAUAUGUCACCCUGCAUGAAUGCAGCGACUGUGUGUGUUCUGACUGCGACGAAUACUGUGAUUACGGAGUUGAGGGGGUUGACUGCUCUACAUGCGAUCACUCCGCAGUUGAUAUACAAUUGGUGACUACACCGGACACAUGCAACGUCUGUCACCACGUCGUGUACGAUGACGCACCCCAAUUACUACAGUUCGAGGGGGAGGCGGCUUUCACAACGGAAAAGCCUGGCGUUCCAGGCUUCCGGGCAAGCAGACCUAGCCGCCAGGAACGGCGAUUCGUAGACAAGCCGGGACGCACGCCUAAAGCCAUUACAAUAGAACGCGGCGACCAAACGAUACAGAUUGAAGUGCCCGCUAAUGCUUCGAUUCGUUCAAUGCCCAAGGCCAGCAACAUGCAGACACAAACUCCAGCCCCAAGGAAAAGCGUAUCUGCCGCAUCAAAGCGGAAUCGUGCGUACAUGUUCUGCGGCAGGGCGCUUGCAGGGCCGCAAAGCACGUCGUACCGGAACGUCGUGUUGCCCCGGCCUGCGGGUGGCGGCGACGUAGAGGUCAUUGCAAAGCGGGCCACGAACCGCCGUGCCAGCUCACAUGAGCCACCGAUCAAACCGCCGCCGCGGGCUUCUAGGAUAAGGCUGGCUAUUGAAGCGCCGCGUAGAGCAUACUGGUGA